AUGCGCUCCGACCCCGACUAUACACCCGGCUUUCGUUACUGGGGGACCUACUGGCAUGGAGAUCGAGGCCUACAAGUUGACACCUGCGGCUUUAACGACUAUACCCAAAUCGUCAAGUACACCACUGAGUACGACGGAUUCUGCUCCACUGGAAUCACCAGGCAGAAAUACAAACGUACUGAGGUUUAUGAAGGCGUCCCUUUCUUGCCCACUGUUCUCUCAAUAAAAGUGCCCUUUGGCUUUUCUGAGGAGUUUCGAACCUGCUAUUACACCUGUGGCCCGACUACGAUCACUGCAACUAUCACCCAGCCUGCCACAGAGCCUUAG